AUGCCGACAGUUCAUAAAGAGAUGUGUGCUGGAUGUCAGAGAGCGAUCGAAGACCGAUUCCUCCUGAAAAUCAUGGACAAUUCAUGGCACGAACAUUGUGUUUUAUGCUCCAUUUGCCAAAUGCCUUUAACCGGAAGUUGUUUCGCACGGAAUCGGAAGUUCUAUUGCAAAUUAGAUUAUGAAAAAUUGUUUCGGGUGAUGUGCAAUGGAUGUGGAAUGUUUGUGUCGCCCAGUGAACUGGUGAUGCGAGCCCAGGGAUAUGUUUACCACCUUCAGUGUUUCAUGUGUAUCGAGUGUGGUCAGCAGCUUCAGAAGGGUGACCAGUUCGUCAUCAGGGAUGGUCAACUCUUUUGCAGACUUGACUAUGAAAAGGAAUUCCACAUGCUGCCUCUUAGUCCGAAAAGUGACGACAGCGAGAGUUACGAGGACGGAGAAAGUGACGGAGGAAAACAUCCGAAGCGACCUAGAACUAUACUCACAACUAGCCAGAGGCGGAAGUUCAAGGCAGCCUUCGAACUCAAUCCAAAACCAUGUCGAAAGGUGCGUGAACAACUGGCGGCGGAGACGGGACUGAGUGUACGGGUCGUACAGGUGUGGUUUCAGAACCAGAGAGCUAAGGUGAAAAAGUUAGCUCGGAGACAGAGUCAGGACGGCAAUGGAAAUAAGAAUGGAAACGCUAAUAAAAACAAACACAAUGAGAACAAAAAAGACAUCAAAUCUGACUCCAAGUCCGACUCGAAGGACGAAGACACUGAUCAAGAUUGUCUUACUAGACUUGGAGACGACGAAUCAAUUGGGUCGCUGAUAUCAGAAAACCGUCACCAUGGAAAUGCAGAACAAAUAUCGCCACUUCCUGCCAGCGAAUACCAAGCAUCCCCAUACGACGAUCUCGACCUUCCUGGAGGAGCGCGUCAUUCUAUGGAGGAGUGCUUGGAUCAUAUGUUUAACGGCGAAACAUCGGGACACUCGGCUAUAGACUCAAGUGGGGUACCAAAUCCCAUUGACAAACUGUACUCCAUGCAGAAUUCGUACUUUAGUGUAGAGUGA